AUGGCCGAGGAGGAGGGCGAUGUGGAUGAGGAGGAUGUGUUCCUGGCGUUUGCCCGGCGGCCCUCCCCUCCCAGGGGUCCUCUGCGGCAGGCCAUGGACAAGGCCUUCUUUAUCUUCCUGGUCCUCAUCCUGACACUACUGAUGCUGGAGGCUGUUUGUAAGCUGCUCUGGCUGCUACCAUGGACAAAGUUUGGGGACUGGCUCCUGAGAACACCUCAGAUGGAGGAGGAGCUGGAAUUGUGACCACCUUUCUUAUAAACGU